AAAGCUUCUCGACCCGAACCUCCUUUCACACGGGUUACAUAACCACAGUUUCGUCUAUUAUUGUGCCUGCCCUUUGCAACAGACUCUGUGUAUUGUAUAAAUAUAGAUCCAUCGAUUGAUCGAUUAUCAUCCUUCAGAAUUAAGCAACAAUCAGUUUUCAGUAGACGAUUUCAUCUCUCUUUGAAUCAAUCAUCUUGAUCAUGGCCGAAAACGCUGUUCCUGUUACUACUCAACCAGAGAUCGAACAAGAGAGGUUGAAAUACCUUGAAUUUGUUCAAGUUGCAGUGUUCCAUGCAGUAGUUUAUGCAUCAAGAGUCUAUGGUUACGCUAAAGACAACUCUGGCCCUCUAAAACCUGGUGUGGAGACAAUCGAAGGUACCCUCAAGACUGUUGUUGGCCCUGCUUAUGUCAAGUUCCAUGAUGUCCCUGUUGAGGUCCUCAAGUUUGUUGAUCGUAAGGUUGAUGAGUCAGUGACCAUAAUCGACAGCCGUGUGCCUCCUUUGUUGAAGGAGGUGAAGACCGCCGGAGUGGUGGAGACCGCCUCAGGGUUAGCCAAAACCGCCUACACGAAGCUGGAGCCGACCGCUAAAGGGCUUUAUGUAAAAUACGAACCGGUUGCAGAGCAAUAUGCUGCAUCAGCUUGGCACUCUUUGAAUCAGCUUCCACUCUUCUUUAAAGUGGCUAAUGUGGUUGUACCUAAAGCAGCUUAUUAUUCUGAAAAGUACAACCAAACUGUGCAGCAAACAGCUGAGAAAGGGUACAAGGUUUCUUCUUAUCUGCCAUUGGUGCCCACUGAGAGGAUUGCUAAGGUGUUUAACUCUACUGCUGCUUGAGUGUGUGGUGUGGAUGUUAUGGUGAUGUGGUUUGGUUUGAUGUUUGAAGAUGGAUGAUGGAUGAUGAAAAUGUUUGCUUUUUUUU